AUGAUCGAGCUGACAAUCGCAAUCAGUCUUGAGACGUUCUAUAAAUCACAACGUCUUCGCAAUUUACAGUUUAAGUGGCUGCUUUUCUUCUUCGUCUUUGGCUGUUUCUAUAAGAGAGAAACUGAGGCUCUCUCGACGAACGACUACCAAAGAUAUGUUGAAUACCCUGAAUAUUGCUCGACUCCCGAGCAAAUGAAUCAACGACGAAUCUUGCCCGUUCGGCAAGAUAAUCGCGUAGGGGAGACUAGGUUGGUUUCGGUAACAGCUAUUAUCCGCCAUGGCGCUCGAACUAGCCUGGGCCAUCACACAUGCUGGGAAGGUUAUUGGACUACUGCAGAAACUUCAGUUUGGGACUGCGAAAUCACAACGCGGAUCACAACGGCACCACCAAACACUGUAAGCAAGGAAGAGGGUCUUCAAAUCGCCGGAGGGCGGGAAAUUUUUCUCUUCGACAAAAAAUAUGAUUCCUUGCGCAAGCCCGACGGAACGACUUCGAACAUUUUGAACGGAACUUGUCAGGCUGGACAGCUUCUUCGAAAAGGAUACGACCAGAGCUAUCGAAAUGGACAAAUUUUACGGGAAGCGUACCUAUACGAUGACGGAGCAUCGCCCAUUCAACACAAUGCGCAGAUGAGGUUAUUUCCUACAAAGAUUGAGAAAGCUACGGCGAUGAUUCGGUUUCGCUCCGAUGACGAUCAACGCACUCUCAUGUCGGGUCAGGCUCUGAUCCUUGGUUUGCUCGAAGAAUCCACUUUUUCACCACUCGUUCAGAUUCACUUGGCCGACAGAGGUAGAGAUAUUCUCUCAAUCAACAAGGACAUAUGUCCGAGGCUUACAGAGCUUGGUGAAACGUCCCAAAAUUCUCGUGAGUAUCUCUCGUUCGCUUCUUCUGACGAGGCAGCUUUGAUGCAUCAAUUUAUGAACGAAUCGUUCGGUCGCAUCCUGGAUCACCCUUUGGCCUGCUUAAUGACAACCAUAUGUAACGACUUUUCUUUGCCGAACGUUUUCGAUGAUUACCCACUCCAAAAUGAGAAAGUCCAGCUUCAUCGCAACGAUACCAAUGCUAAGCUCGGGGGCAAGUAUGGGCUGAAUCGAUUUCAGCGACUUUUCCAAUAUGAUGUGCAGAAUGUAAUGACUCCGCUGCAAAGUGACAAUGCGGCACUGUUGAAACUAGCCAUGGGUCCUUUGUGGGCAGAAAUUCUGGAUUUAAUACGUGCUGUUACCGAAGAUUCGAGAAGUAAGACCGAUGGCCAAGCACCGCGAUUUCAUUUGGUUUCCGCGCAUGAUACUACAGUGUCAGCCCUUUUGUCGACCCUAGGUGGAGCCGUCUGGAAUGUCACAGAUUGGCCACCUUAUGCUGCCAUGGUUGUCUUGGAGGUACACGAGAUUGUAGGGGGACGGACCAAUCAAAACAUUUUCUCCUCUGACUUUGCGUUUCGUCUUUUGUACAACGGACGUGUUUUGACAACCACAGUCCCCGGGUGUGACCCACACGCAGACUUAUGCGACAUCACUGUCCUGUACAAUAUCCUUCAUCCGUUUGCUUCUCGGUCGCGAGAUUGUGCUCCACGAAACUCUCCGAAACACCCCUGGCAAGAGCACAUUUCUCGCGGUUUGCACACUCGCGGCAUAGGCACCGUUCUCGUGUCGGUGACCCUUGCUGGUAUCCUUACAGGCUCAAUCCUUGCAUGUUGGAUAGUGGCUUGUCCGUGUCCUUACCUACGCCAUGGAUCGAUUUCGUUGUAAUUACUUGCGAAGAUGAGAAGCUGUUCACGACAGAGCAACACGAAAGCACGAUCUGGCCAUUGCAGGUAAGGCGUCCGUCAGCGG